AUGUUUGCUGUCCCAGGGUGGAACAUCGCUGCCAAAACCCUGGUAGAGGACCGUGCCAAACCGGUGAAGGACAAAUCCAAGAACAAUUCAUCUUCAGCUGCCACCAGCUUGGCAGUCUCUGGUCAAUCUACAAACUCGAAGAAACGCAAACGGGAUCAGGACUCGGCGAGACGAGGUGCCAAAUCUGAUAACAGCACUCAUGGCCCCAGCCCGAAGCCUGAAACAAGCAAUCCCGAUCGCAGUAGCAAACGUCGAUCUCGAAAGGAUUCACGCAAAACUGGCAAGAUCACAGGAGCUAAUGCUGAGCCAGUAGGCCGUGUGGCUGCUGGAGAUAGAACCCAGCAAUCACAUCUUCCCUCCUCAAAGCAUCGACAGAGAAGUACAGGCAAUGGGAAUGAUGUUACCAAUGAGGAAAGACCUACAAACGUUGCCUCCGAUGAAAACGAUCAUGCUAGCAAUGGCCCCAAACCGGUAUCGACUUCAUUGCCACCAAUCCCGCCGGCUCCUACGAACCUCACACCCCUCCAGGCGAAGAUGCGUUCAAAGCUAACCGCUGCACGCUUUCGCCAUCUCAAUGAGACCCUCUACACCUCCACCUCAAAUGAUGCACUCAGUCUUUUUGCCAAUUCACCUGAUCUGUUCAACGAAUACCAUGCGGGCUUUUCCCAGCAAGUCAAAGACUCAUGGCCUCAAAAUCCCGUUGACGUUUAUGUCAAAGCUAUCAAAUAUCGUGCCAACUUGGCUUCACCGGUCGGCGACGUCCUACCACUGCCACGGCGCAGGCCUGGGACAUGCACUAUUGCCGACCUUGGUUGUGGUGAUGCCCCUCUUGCUCGUGGAUUGGACGCAGUUACCGAAAAGCUUAAUUUGAAACUGCACAGCUUUGACCUUCAUGCAGCUAAUCCGCACGUCACUGUGGCCGACAUCUCAGCUCUACCGCUCCACCAUGGUCAAGUCGACAUGGCUAUCUUCUGCCUCUCUCUAAUGGGCACCAACUGGCUUGCUUUCGUCGAAGAAGCUUGGCGCGUCCUGCGAGGAGAUGGAAAGGGAGAGGUAUGGGUCGCCGAAGUCAAAUCGCGAUUUGGUCGAGCUUCUGCAAGAAAAGGUCCAGGCCGUGUUGUGGAGAACAGUGUUGGUAAACGCAGGAAAGUCCAAUCUGGCACCAAAGACCAUGCCGAAGACAAUGGUGUGGAUGAAACCCCUGCUUUUGCUGAAGACGAAGCAGAGACCAGAGGGCGAGGAGCCGACGACGAUACUGAUCUACAGCCUUUCAUUGACAGCUUCCAGCGGCGAGGCUUUAUGCUUAAGCCAAAUUCAGUAGACAAGACCAACAAGAUGUUUGUUACUAUGAUCUUCACUAAAACGGGCAACCCUCGAGCCGGCAAAUGGAAAGGCAUGAAAUGGAACGGCAAGGAAUAUCAGCAAAUAGAACAGAGGGCCGGUGGGCAAUAUCGAAAGUUCACAGGGCAGCGUCCAGCCGUCACCGAGGAUGAGAUUGACGACAAGGAGGAGGGCAAAAUACUCAAGCCGUGCGUCUACAAGUUGAGGUAG